AUGGCUACGUUCACCAGGGGUCGCAAGUCGCUGGGAACUCUGUGGGGCGGGUUUCCCUCCCGUCAUCACUCACGCGCUCGCUGCCGGGGAACGAGGCAGUUCACCGAAACUUCAAGCCGGCUUUCCCAGGAUGACCGCCGCGACACCAGCGGCAUCAAACUACACUAUCCGGAGGCCCCAUCUGCUCAGCACUCCAGCCUCCCGUCGUUCCUCGAGUACGCAAGUCGAACAGGCCUGGACGAGAAAUCCACCGUGUACGUCGGCACUCGCUACGAAUACCAGGUGUCUCGCUCCUUCUCAAGAUACGGCUUCGCCUUGAGACGAAUCGGAGGCUCUUCCGACCACGGCACCGACCUAGUAGGGACAUGGAACCUCCCUGCUGCCUCGGAACACGCGCCCUUGAGGGUCCUCGUGCAGUGCAAGGCUGGAAACCAGCGCGUCGGGCCGCAGCAUGUGCGGGAGCUUGAGGGCGCCUUUGUGGGAGCGCCGGCCGGAUGGAGGGGGCCAGGGGUGCUGGGCAUCUUGGCCAGCGAACGGGUUGCGACUCGGGGCGUCAGGGAUGCUCUGCGACGGAGUAGAUGGCCCAUGAUGUACGUUAGCUGUUCGGGAGAUGGGGCCGUGUCGCAAAUGCUUUGGAACCAGCGCGCCGAGGAUAUCGGCUUGGAGGGAUACAGCGUCGUCGUGAGGCAUGAUGCUGGUAGCGGGGGGGAACUGGUGCUGCUUCAGGACGGCAAGAUGCUGCCGUUGCUGGAGGAGCAGGAGCAAUGA